AUGGUGACGGGCGGCGGGGGGUGCUCCGUGCCGGGCGAGCGGCCGUCGGCGUCGACCAGCAACCCGCUCGGCGCGCUUGCGGAUUCCAUUCUCGGCUCCGCCGCCAAGCAGCAGGAGAGGGUUCGCGAGCUGCCGAGCCUGGCAGGUCCGGGCCAAGCCUCGGGCAGCAACCUGUUUGGUCCGGCGGAGGCAGGAGCGGGACCGGCGAUGAUGCCAAUGCCAGGAGCCGACAUGCAGAGCACAAUGGGUGGACCCAUGGGGGGCAUGGGGGGCAUGGGCCCGUCAAUCCAGGCGCAGCAGUUCCUCUCCUCCUUCCAUGCAGCAGGCCCGGCAGCAGCGCCACCCGAUGCACAGCUAGAGGCGCUCUGGAACGAGGCUCGGCACGCCCAGGCCUUGCCGCCAGGCAUGGCAGCAGGCAUGGCGCCGCCAGACGCAGCAGCAGCGGCGCAUUUCCGGGAGUUUGAGCAGAUCUUUGGCGGCAUGUCGCUGGAUGGGGGUGCUGCUGCUGCCACUGGCGAUGCUGCCAUGCAGCCGCCUGCAAUCCCCGGGCUGCCCCCCCAGCAGCAGCAGGCAGUGCGCGCGCUGCUACACUCCUUCCUCUCCUCCACACAAGCAGGCGUGCCUCUCCCCGCGCACCCCCACGCGCCCCUGCCCCCCCUCGCGCACCUCUCCCCCGCGGACCGAGCCCGCAUCCGCAACCGCUCCUCCAUCCUCGCGCGCCACGUCUUUGCACACCAGGGGGGGGCGGGCGCGCAGGGGGAGGGCUUUGCCUCCGCGCAGGUGGCCGCGCUGCUGCGCUCCCUGGGGAUAGAGGACCUGGGGGAGGGCGCAGGGGGCGCGGAGGGCGCGCUCAUGGGCGCGCCUGGCCCGCUGGGGGGCAGGUUCCGCGAGUUUGAGGACUUUUGGAAGGAUGCGGGGGAGGUGGCGGGUGGGGGGGGGAUAGUGGCGGGUGUUGGUGGAGGGGGAGGCGCAGGAGGGUGGGUGGGGGAGUUUGAGGCGCAGCAGCAGCAGAUGUGGCGGGAGGAGGGUGGAGAGAGCAGCAGUACAGGGUGGGCGGACGAAUUUGCCGAGGACUGGCAGCAGCAGCAGCGGGCGAGGGAGGAGGCGAGGGCGGGUGGCCCUCGCAGCGAGGCGGAGAGGGUGGCAGCAAGGCAGCAGACGCGGCGUAUCGUGGACACACUCGCGCAGGACCCGAACCCCAAGUUCCAGCAAUCCAAGUUCCUGCAGUUUGUGUCCAAGAUGAGUCGAGGCGAGCUGAUAGCGGAGGAGGGCGGAGUGAGAGAGGUGUCGCCUGCAGAAGCAGCAGCGGCAGCAGCAACAGAGCAGUGGGCGAGCGAGUUUGAGAACCUGCACCAGCACGAGCACGUGCACUCGCAUGCCAUCAAGGCGGACGCUGAUUGGGCCACUGAGUUCGCUGCCCGGAACGAGUCAUCGACAUCACUGGACUCAAGGGACUGGGCGGACGAGUUUGCACAGCAGAUGGCACAUGCACACCCACACGGGCACACACACGCGGAGGGCGAGGGCGUGGUGGAGGAUGGCGACCCCAGCGCUUGGCUCGAGUCGUACGAGCGCUAUGUGGAGGAGCAGCUGAGGGACGAGCAGCAGAGGAGGGCGGAGUCUUCCUCAUCGCGCUGGCCCUACGCCUUUGCCGAUAAGAACCCCUACGUGGGGCACGCCCAGCCCUUCCAGCAGGGGCAGGACCUCUUCCGGCGCGGGCUACUGAGCGAGGCGAUUCUGGCGCUGGAGGCGGAGGUGCUGCGCAACGAGGGCAACGCUGAGGCCUGGCGCCUGCUGGGCGUCUCCCACGCUGAGAACGACGAUGACCGACAGGCCAUAGCAGCCAUGACGCGCGCUCGAGAUGCGGACCCCACCAACCUGGACGUGCUGCUCGCUCUGGGCGUCAGCCACACCAACGAGCUGGAGCAAGCAGAGGCACUGUACCACCUGCGCAGCUGGCUGGGGAACCACUCCAAGUACAAGGCGCUCGUGCCCCCGUCGGGCCCGGCCUCCAUGUCCCACUCCGAUGUGGUGCAACUGUACACGGAGGCAGCUCGCAUGGCGCCAGAGGAUGCCGACCUGCAGGUGGUGCUGGGUGUGCUGUUCAACCUCUCCCACGAGUACGACCGCGCCAAGUCAGCCUUUCGUCGAGCCCUUGCGCUGCGCCCGUCCGACUACUCGCUCUGGAACAAGCUGGGCGCCACACAGGCCAACAGCGCCCAGUCCGCUGAAGCCAUUGAGGCGUAUCAGAAGGCUUUGGAUUUGAAGCCGAAUUAUGUUCGUGCGUGGACGAACAUGGGCAUUGGAUAUGCCAACCAAGGCAAGUAUGAGGAGUCGGCUCGCUAUUAUGUGCGUGCGAUUGCGAUGAAUCCAACGGCAGAGAAUGCGUGGCAGUACCUGAGAAUCGCGUUGAGCUGCGCUGGAAAGGCAGAGCUACUCCCAGCUUGUGAUGCCCAUGAUGUGGAUGCUCUUCAGAGGGAGUACCCGUUGUGA